CGUCGAGGAGACCAGAAGAUAUAGAACGCCAGACUUCCCAGGACAACGUAGGUUCUGUUUCUCCGAGGCAGAUCUACAAUAAAAUUUAAAUGUCAGAGGCUCAGGAUGUGCUCCUCUGCUAAUGUUCAUUCCUAUUAACGCUGUUUUGGCCUUUGACCAGACGUCCAUGGUUGUGAUUAUAUCCACCUUGGUGCAACCCCGUAUGCUUAAUAGCCGUUGCCAGUCGCAAUAAUACCUCUCUUUGUUUCAUCGAAUGCAAGCCGUUGCAACCAGCUUGAAGCCAUGAAUGGCUUCCUUUGAGGAAGGACCUCAACUUUGACAUGGAUCGAACUGCGCCAGUGCAGACGUCUCCCAAUAUGGCACAAGGUGUUGGCCCACAACCGCGUGGGCAAGGAAAGUCGGUCCGAGUCGCCUUCGGUCCACAGGUCGACGAGUAUAUACCUCCGUCAAACGAUGUACCAUCCCCUUCUACACUCAGCCACCCGCGGUCCAAGACAACCGUCAUCGAGGAGCUUCAAAGUAAUGGAAGGCCGGAUUCCUCGCAAGCUCCUUCCAGUAGCGCGGAUGGAAAUAAUGGGCCUGCAUCAGCCGUGGUAAAAAGAAACCUACGCCCGACACCCGCUCUCAUCCGGGCGAAGAGCGAACACUUCCCCAAGUUCGGUGUGGAGAAUGGGGCUCCGAAUAGUGACGAUGAGGAUUUCCAGUUAAGACACGGUUGGCAUGAAGAGUAUACUUCCAGUGAAUAUCUAAAGAUCCUCAAUUCCAGCUUUUAUAUGUAUUUCAAGGAGAAACGGCAUGAAACUAAUGGCAUACCGAAGGACCCAGCUGGUAGCUGGCCGAGCCAAGACUGGCGCAUGAGAGAUCGACUGAAAACUGUUUCCGCCGCGCUGGCCAUCUGCCUAAACAUUGGUGUCGACCCGCCAGAUGUAGUGAAGACCAACCCCACCGCGAAGCUGGAAUGCUGGGUGGACCCAACAUCUACUACAGGAGCACAAAACAAGGUGAUGGAACAAAUUGGGAAGAAGCUGCAAGAGCAAUAUGAAACCCUCAGUCUUCGUACACGCUAUAAGCAAUAUUUGGACCCUUCCGUCGAUGAGACGAAGAAAUUCUGCAUCUCUCUUCGCCGUAACGCGAAAGACGAGCGGGUGCUUUUUCAUUACAAUGGACAUGGUGUCCCUUUACCAACCAAAUCUGGGGAGCUUUGGGUAUUUAACAAGAAUUAUACCCAAUAUAUCCCGGUUUCAUUGUACGAUUUGCAGACUUGGCUUGCCGGGCCAAGCUUGUUCGUGUUCGACGUUUCUCAUGCGGGCAAUAUCGUCCAUAACUUUCAAACAUUCGUAGAGAAGCAUGAGAAAGAGAACGUCGAACUUCGUGAACGAGAUCCAAAUUCACCUAUUCAGAAUUAUGGCGACUGUAUUUUACUCGCCGCUUGCGAGAGAACCGAAACCCUUCCAACUAACCCCGACCUCCCUGCUGACCUUUUCACCUGUUGCUUAACAACUCCCAUCGAAAUUGCCUUGAGAUAUUUUAUUCUGCAGAAUCCUUUGCACACCAGCAUAUCCAUCGACGAAUUCAGAGUGCCUGGACGUCUCCAAGACCGAAGGAGCCCCCUUGGUGAAUUGAAUUGGAUAUUUACCGCAAUUACGGAUACGAUUGCUUGGAAUACCCUUCCUAGACCACUAUUCAAGAAACUUUUUAGACAGGAUCUCAUGGUUGCUGCCCUGUUUAGGAAUUUCCUACUCGCCGAACGGAUUAUGAGGGCUCAUGAAUGUCACCCAAUUUCCUCACCCAAGCUACCCGAAACUCACAUGCACCCUCUGUGGCAAAGCUGGGAUCUUGCCAUCGAGAUGGUCCUUGCUCAGCUCCCGGCUCUCAUUGAGCAUGAGGAAGGCAAGCGGCAUUAUGAUUAUCAGCACUCAUCAUUCUUCGCUGAACAACUCACUGCUUUCGAAGUUUACCUUUCAUCAGGCCCGACAGAGAAGACGCCUCCUGAUCAACUUCCAAUCGUGUUGCAAGUGUUGUUGAGCCAGGCUCAUCGCCUUCGUGCAUUGAUUUUGCUCAGCAAAUUUCUUGACCUAGGACCGUGGGCAGUUCAUCUAGCUCUGAGCAUCGGUAUAUUUCCAUAUGUAGUCAAACUUCUACAGAGUACCGCCCAAGAGCUUAAACCUGUCAUGGUUUUUAUUUGGGCUAGGAUCAUGGCUGUCGACCAUACUGUCCAGAAUGAUUUGCUCAAGGAUAAUGGAAUUCACUAUUUCAUCAACAUACUCAGCCCUUCGUCGCCCAUUCCUGUCGGUAAUGCUAGCGAACACCGUGCUAUGUGCGCAUUCAUUGUUGCAAUAUUUUGCAAAUACUACCCCCAAGGGCAAAAUGUUUGUCUUGCUCCCGAGCUUUUCGAAGCUUGUCUUACCCAUUUGAUGGAUGUCGAAAAUCCACUUCUGCGCCAAUGGUCGUGUCUCUGCUUAAGCAUGCUUUGGCUUGAUUUUCCCGAAGCAAAAUGGGUUGGUAUUCGAUGCUCUGCACCAUCGAGACUCUGCGAACUAACUCUGGACCCUGUCCCAGAGGUACGCGCUGCGAUGCUACACGCCUUAACCAGCUUUAUUGGAAUCCCUGAUUUGACCGAUCAAGUGGCUCAGGUUGAGGAAUAUUUGGCACUCAGUGUGAUGCCUAUGGGUUCUGAUGGAAGUGAGUUAGUAAGAAAGGAGCUUUUAGUGUUCUUGUCGACAUUUGUGAAACGAUAUCAGAACAAAUUCCUCGUCGCUGCAUAUGAACAGCUUCUUGAGGAACGUCACAUUCUUUUAUAUCAAAUGCCUGCCAACAAGCAUAUCCAAAUGCCACCAUUCCCGUACGAAAAUGGAGUGUCCUAUAACACGAUAUUUGGCUCAAUCUGGAAACUUGUCCUCAUGCUAUCGGUCGAUCCGCACCCCGAAAUCGCCCGGGAUGCUGACAUUAUUGUCGAUUAUAUUCAUAAAUCCCUGAUGGAGUCUCCAAUGCGAGCGUUAGCUCAAACUGCCAGAGAUGAAAUUCUGAAACUAUUCUCUCGUGUCCACGUCAAUAAAACUCGGCGCGUGGAACAGGCCGAUAUGAAGCGACCGCCCACUAUGCCACCAGCCCAGUCGAACAUAGCACCGAAGGCUGAAGGAUAUCUAUCUCUUAGUUUGAGAAGAACAGCUAGCGUAGCUACGUCCUUGAAAAAUCUAGCUUUUGGCUCAGGUACUACCAAUGAACGCCCUGGAUCGCCUGAUAGAUCAGCUUCAGUGAAACGUCGGAUCCCUAUCACCCCACGGGGUCGGGCGCCUGCUGAAUGGACUCGACCUCCUGAGGUUAAUGAUCAACCAGCCACAUCGGGGUCGUAUCGCCAAGCGCGUAUCCCGCUAUCCCGGGGCUUUCAGCCAAGAGAUAUGACAGCCAGUCCUACCAUUCCCCUGGAAAGCAAGUUUUUAGACUGGUCAACUGAGUACUUUCGCGAGCCCCAAAUGAAGCCCAAUGAAUCAGAUGAACCCGGCAGCGCGGAUUAUAAUGAACGUCUUUGGAGGCGAGGCCGAAAUGAGAAAAUCAUUACGGAUACUCAACCGCUAAAAGAACGGGCAGGAACUAACCGUUGGGACACCUCAUCUGCUCUUCUGAGCAAUCCGACUCAACCAACGAAAAUGUGUUUCCACCAAUUUGAGGAUCACAUUGCGGUAGCUGACGAUAGAGAUACUGUCUGUAUCUGGGAUUGGCAAAAUCAAUCACGUCUCAGCCGCUUCUCCAAUGGCAACCCAUUAGGGUCGAGAAUCAACGAAAUACGAUUCAUCAACGAAGACGACCAAGCUCUUUUAAUGACUGGCUCCUCAGACGGUGUUUUGAAAAUAUUCCGCAGAUAUGAAUCCGGCUCAGACGUUGAGAUUGUAACAGCCUUCCGUGCCCUCCCUGACUUGAUCCCUAGCAACAAAAAUGCGGGUUUGGUUUUCGACUGGCAACAGGGGCAAGGGAAAGCACUUGUUGCCGGCGACACAAAAGUCAUUCGCGUCUGGAACGCCGCCACUGAAGUUUGCACUAACGAUAUAUCUGCACGCUCGGGUUCUUGUAUAACCUCCUUGACAUCCGACCAGGUUGCUGGAAAUAUUUUCAUCGCCGGAUUUGGUGACGGUGCCGUGCGAGUAUUUGACCAACGCCUGAAACCCACAACGGCUAUGGUUAAAGUGUGGCGAGAACACAAACAAUGGAUCACGAAUAUCCAUAUGCAACGCGGAGGAGUUAGGGAGCUGAUUUCUGGUAGCCGAAAUGGCGAGGUCCGUCUUUGGGACUUACGAAUGGAUACGUCAAUAGACAUGAUCCAGGCCACUAGGGACACCCUGCGGACCUUAGCCGUGCAUGAACAUGCACCUGUUUUCAAUAUUGGCACCAACCGCCAUGAAGUUAAAACCUUCAAUACCGAUGGCACCUACCUCUCUACCUAUGAGCCUCACGUUAGUUUUCUACACUCCAACCGAUCCUCGCCAAUCAUAAGCACAGCCUUCCACCCACACAGGACAAUCCUUGCUUGUGCGGCUCUCAGCGAUAACCAUAUCAAUCUUGUUUCAUGCUAAAGCAACCAUUUGGCUGUCCAUCGAGUCGAGACUUUUAAUCACGUUCUAUUUUUUUCUUCCUCUUCUUCUCCUCAUGGCCUAGGUGUUCCACCCCGCAUUACUUCACUAAUAUUACUCUAUAUUGCAAAUAAAUGGGUUUUCCUUCUUCUUUCUUAUCACAUGUUUCUGAGUAAAAUAAUCCCCUUUUAUUAUUACCAGGCGCCACGAAGCGAGGGGGGUGUGGGGUACUGAAUUGCGUUAUAUUAAUGGCAUACAGUUGUAUUUCCUCCAUUUCAACCAGCGAUUCGUUUCAUUUUCCAUUUUUCUCCGCAGUAUGCUACCUUUUACAAGGGAUACUUAAUUCCCCAUCGUCAUUGACACUGUUCUCUUUUCCCUUCCUUUCGUCUUCUUCUCCUUGUUCAUGACACAUUGCUAAAUUUGUACACGCUUGCUUGUUCUCCGUCUCUCUCUGAUCCCAUUCCCUACUGUUAAAAUAUUCCAUUUCCAUGGAUGGUCCAGUGAAUUUAUUUUUAUUAUUAUUAUUAAUUUUCAUGUUUUGUGAAGGUAUCUGUACAGACAGAGCUGGCUGCAGAUAUGAUUCAAUUUUAAUUGAAAUUCCAGUUCUUCCCUCACAUCACACAGUAUGUACACAUCACAACGCCGCCAUCAACGUUCACUCUUAAUAUUGGGCUUACAUUCUCAACUUGUCCCGUAUUAUAAAAUAAUACGAAACAAAAUAUGUCAGAAACCCCAGUAGGAGAAAGAAGGUCAUGCCAUACACUCGAUCUCUGAAGACGAAUUUCAAAAGUGAAUUUCCCCAGUUCAAUCCAUCACCGAGCUCGUCUAAGGGUCGCUGAAUGCUCUCUGCCCAUCAUGACAUCGAGGUCGAAUCUUUAGUUCC